AGUUACGUGGUGGGGGCAGAGACAGAAGGGUCGCGCGCAUGACGCGAACCGAGCUGGAACCUCGGGAACCUCGGACGAGCUGCGAGGCGAGGCAGUCAGUCGCUCUCAGCUACGACAUGCAUAACGCAUGAGAGCCAACAAGAUAUCUUUCUCUCCCGUAUUAUUAUUAUAUAUUAUUAUUAUUUCUUUUUUAUCUCUCUUUCUCUCUCGUUCGUGUCCUCGUGUGUACAGUCGCAGUCGUUGUCCCGCGAGCCGAGUUGAGUUGAGUAAAGUUAAGUAGUAAAGUUUUAUAGUUACACUUGAUAGUUUACUUGUACGGGUGUUUUACUCCAGUGUAAAAAAUAUUCGUCAAAGAGUUCAAGUCUUACUCGCGACUUUCGCGGACUCGAGUCAGCAUUGUCCGAAUAAUUUAAAUUUUAUUUUGCCGCUGUCUUGACAGACGAAAAAAAUUGUGCGACGGUCGAAAUUAUUUUUUUUUUUUUACGUCAAAAAAAUUUAAAAAUAUUUUUAACGAACGGUGGAUCAAGUGCGCCGAUAAAUUGGGAGUGAGUCCCCAUCAAUGAUAUUGAUGAGUUGAUAAAUUUGUUCGGGACAAAAUUAAGUGAAUAACUCGACGAAUGUAGUCAUGGGUGAUAGUGCGUGACUUUAACACACGGGACCACAUUUGUCGCUUGAUAAUAAGUGAAAAAAAAAAAAAUAAAUAAUAAAAUAAAAAUUGUUUGAUAAUUGGGUGUUGAAGUGACAUAAAUAAAUAUAUAUCAAAAAUGCGUAAGAACUCGGAAAGAGAUGUAGUGAAAAUAGUAAAAUCGUGUAAUCCACCGCCGAACAUUGGCAAUGAAUGAAAAUAAAAAUAAAUAAUAAUAAUUAAUAAAUAUAAAGUAGACAAGGACAAGUUUUAUUGAACAUUAUUUGACUAUUAUAGUAAUAUAAUAAUAGUAAUUGUGCUAACCCUUGGAUUCGGUGAAUCGAAUCGAGUCCCACGGUUGUUGCAACUCUGUAUACCCAAGACCCAGUACCUAGACCCUUAGAACCCAAUCUCGGCAAGUGCUUUAAUCGAUCAAUUGGAUUGCCGACAGGUUGGCAUACACACACACACACACAUAAUAUUACUUCUAGAGAGUGUGUGUAAUAACAAUACAAAUAAGGGCCUUAGUUGUAGUUGAGUUGAAAUUUGAUAAGCCGAAAAGUGGUAUCCUGCUACAAUCUAGUGGGUGCUACUCGGACUUGUAAACAAUUACGAGGGCGGACAGUCUUCGCGUUGACUGGGCAGGGAGUAGAUGGCAGCUACCACGUACAUGCCGAUUAGUAGCGCAGUAUCGGCCGACCUGGACGGUGGUUCAGGUACAGCUCUCGGGAUGAAUAUUGCUGUAAGCGGCUACUCAUCGGGUUCGCCUCGCAGCGCUGCCGAUGCCGGAGAAAUGAAAUAUUUGUCGGCAGCGCAGCACCAUCAUCACCAUCACCACCAUCACCAGGUGUCGUCGUCGCCGUCGCCAAACGGAUUGUCCCAUCCGGCGAGCUUGUCAUCGGCAAAUCCAUGGGUCAGUUUGCAGCCAGGAAACGACCCUUGGGCGGCAUCCAUGGGGAUGCACCAUACAACUCACCAUCCUCAUCACCAUCCGCACCAGGGUAACUCGAGUUUGGAUGUAAAACCUCUCACCGCCGCGGCGACGGCCACGGACUCCGUCCAGGGUAUGCAUCAUCGGGGUCCACAUCAGUCACCCGGCAUGGGAUCACCUCACUCUUGGCACGCACCGGUCGUCCCGUCGGCACACUAUAAUCCGAGCGGUGGUGCAGCAUCACCGACUACCCUGCAGCAGUAUCACGCUGCAAUGAAUGGAAUGCUUCAUCAGCACCCACACCAGCAUCCACACCAGCUCCAUAACCACCAAACGGGACUGCCACAUCACCUGAGAGAGGCCCACAAUCACAGUCCACCCUCGGGACAUCCGCUUCAUCCGGGACAUCCGCUUGAUCGGGAUCACAGUGCCGGUGAGGAAGACACUCCCACGUCCGAUGACCUCGAGGCGUUUGCCAAGCAAUUCAAGCAGCGACGGAUCAAGCUCGGCUUCACUCAAGCAGACGUUGGUCUUGCGCUCGGUACUUUAUACGGCAAUGUGUUCUCCCAAACAACGAUAUGCAGGUUCGAGGCACUGCAAUUGAGCUUUAAGAACAUGUGCAAACUCAAGCCUUUGCUUCAAAAGUGGCUGGAAGAGGCUGAUUCGACGACGGGCUCGCCUACGAGUAUCGACAAGAUCGCGGCCCAGGGCAGGAAACGAAAAAAGCGCACGUCAAUCGAGGUGUCAGUAAAGGGUGCCCUCGAGCAGCACUUUCACAAGCAGCCUAAGCCAUCAGCUCAGGAGAUAACUUCCCUGGCAGACAGUUUGCAGCUGGAAAAAGAAGUUGUGAGGGUGUGGUUCUGCAACCGUCGGCAAAAGGAAAAGAGGAUGACACCUCCGAACACGCUGGGCGACGGUAUGAUGGAGGGUAUGCCACCAGGACACCAAGGCCAGGGUGGUCUUCACCAGGGUUACCAUCCGCAGGAUCAUCUUCACGGCUCGCCGAUGGGCCACAGCCAUAGCCCACCAAUGUUGAGCCCUCAGGGUCUCACGGCACACUCGCUUGCGGCCCACUAGCGUUCGCCAGGGCCUCCCCCGCUGGGCCUCGCUAUAACCAGCUCGCAGUCGAACCCAACCAGCCCUGAAGGGUUGCCACCCUUCUAUCAUCACUACCUCCAGGCGCGAACCACCGGAUACGGUGCUUCGUAGCUGCAGUGGCAGCCGCAACAUCACUACCAGCCACAUCACCAUCAUCAUCGUCAGUUGGUCCGCGGUAUGCAAGUGCCAACUGCUGCUGCUAUUGACGACGAUGAUGACAACGAUCAGCUGCCAUCGGAAGAGGAAUUUAUUGCGUUCGAUUAUGUGAGACGGAGCGAGGCCUCGUCGGAGCACCGGGGAGGCCGUCGGCCGUACGUCCAGCUCGAUCAAUUCGCGCUGCGACAAUACGAAUUACCGCGAGUUUAAUUUUUGUUAAUAAAAAAAAUAUAUAUGAACUCUUUUUAUUAAAUUCGCGGCAACGAAAUACUAAUAAUAAUUAAAUUUUAAAUAGAAAUUAAAUAAAUAAAUAUAAAUCAAUGUACAUUGUGUCUCGCCGAAGAAGAGGACGUUUAUUAAUACAAUUAUUAAGUUAAGGACUGCCAGAAACUAAUGACAGUUUUAAGGACAAUCUAUUGUAACAAAUAAUAUAUAUAUAUAAAUAUAAAUAUAAAUAUAAUUAUUAUUAUUAUUAAUAUUAUUAUUAUAAUUACGGACCUCACUCUUCGUCGUACCGACGUUGUUGUUAUUAAAUUGUUGUUUGUUUGUUCUGUGACGUGUGUCUCUCUCGACCAAGUGGCGUUCGCGUAGUGACUCGCCGUCGGGCAGUAACACAUUGGUUACGUCAAGACACCCUAUUAUCAUCAUCAUAAACGUAGACAUAAUUUAAAUUUAAAAAGAGAAAAAAAUUUUUCACGGUUAAAUUGUAUUGCUAAAAAAAGUGUCGUAUUAAAAAAAUAUGUCCGUUCGCCCUUUGUUGUUCGUACUCAUAUCCGGGUGUGUUGUCCAAACCACGAAUAGUUUAUUAAAACUCAUUAAACAUCUCUCGCGCAGGGAUCACAUCAUCAAGAGACAAACCGACCGCACAACAUACAUUUUAAUAGUAAUAUAAAUAGUAAUGAUACAACAACAAUAACAUCUACUACUACUACAACUACAACUACUUAAUACUACUGCUACCUUCUACUACUACUCACAUACAACCCAACCAGAAAAUAGAGAAGAACGAAAAAUGUAACUUCUUCUUCUACUUCUUCUUCUUCUUCUUCUUCAAGCGUUCCCGAGAACUGGCUCUCGUUCCAGUGAGAGUGAGUACUGCAUACUCAGAAAAAAAAAAUUUAAAUACCACCCACCCUACGACGGCAGUUGCUGCGCUUAUAUAUUUUUUUUUAUUACAAAUUGCAAAGUAAAUUAUUUUCCCGCAAUUAAAAUCGCGACGCGGUCUUUUUAAAUUACAACUUUUGUGAGGACACACACCGAGAUUAAAUUUUUAAAACGCGGUCAUAUAUAUUUGUCAUAUGUAUCGUAGACGUUAAAUUAGUAACAUUGAGCCCUGGGCUAUACCUGGUAAAAAGUAAAAAAAAUAGAUCUAUGCGUAGACGCACCGAUGAGAGAGGGACGAACGCAUACAGGCAAACUUUACUAUUACCUAUACAUGCAGGUAUGUAUUUAUUUAUGUAUAUUUAUAUACAUACGUGCAUGGAUAGGGGAGUGCUUUGCGAGCGUGUGGAAUUUGUCGUGUGCAAAUCCACCGGGUGAUGUAACAUACGUAAAUAUCAACUGUAAAUAAUGUAACAGAUAAAUAUCGUAAGUUAAGUAUGUAAGCAUGCUGCGUCGCGCGUCAUCGGCGUAAUUAUCCUACGGCCCACCCCCCGUUUUUUUAGAAAAAAAUUUAAAAUUCAACAUUAUUGAUAAGUAUAUAUACAUAUGUAUAUACAUUUGGAAUGAGCGCAAAUUUUAUGUUCCGAAAAAUCGAAACGUUUUCCGCGCAACGGAAAAAAAAUUGUGAAUUUAAAAAUCUACUGGUUGUAUGACUAGAUUUCUGAAAUGUUUCGCAUAUAUUUACUGAUAUGUCAGCUGAAAAUCUAAGGCCACCUUCAACUUCCGGACCUACCCCGUAAGCAGUCGAAUUACAUAAAUUUUUCCAUUUUCGUUGCGCGGAAAACGUUUCGAUCUUCAGGUACAUAAAAUUUUUAAAUGUGUGUUAAUUAAAUUUAUUAUGAACAGGAGAAACUAAAUUAUAAAUUUGUAUUUUUUGAAGUCAGAUAAUUUUUUUAUCCGCUAAAUUAUUUUUCUGAUAAGUUUUAUUAGUAAGUAUGGAGGAGAUUAAUUGAAAAAUAAAAAAAAAAUUAAUGAGGAAAGAACGUGUAAUAAAAGUCUUAAUUAAUAAUUUAUAUUAAUUUUAUGAGCGCAUAAUUAUUUAAAAAAAAAAAAAACAAAGCAAAAAUAAUUGCCGCGUUUUAUUGUAAAAAUGAAUAAUUCCGACUAUUAUUUUUAUUCAUAACUUUUGUUAAUUUGUUUAGUUAAUAAAUUAUUGUAAAACGCUUGUGGCCAGAUGUUAAACGAGUGUAAUUUUAUUAAUUUAAAAUUUUUUCAUUUUAUUCAUUGAUACCGAUCGGAGAAAAAUUGAAAUGAUUUGGAAAAUGUACAUGUAUAUUUAUACAUAUAUGGUUUUAGUUGUUCGGGGAUGGGCUGUCGCGAUAUUUUUCAUUUCAAGGGUAUUUAAUAAUUGUAAACAAGCAAACAGAAUUGGAUAAUGUGUGUUUAAAUAUAUAUAAUAAUACAAUAAUGGUAAAUAAUAAUAAACCCGGUAUAUAAACGCGCUCGCUGUGCAACUGGCCCCGAGAAUAAAACAAAGCGUAUUAUCAUCUUCAUAUAUAUAUUUAUUAUAUACUUUUGUGUAAUACUAGUAUUACUUGCAUUGUUCCUACAUAUUCUAAGUCUUGGGUUUUUUAUUAUUAUUAUUAUUUUAUUAUUAUUAUUAUUAUGAUUAUGGUUAUUAUUACUUUUAAUAUAUAUAUACAUAUAUUACUUUUACUUGUGAUAUAUGUAUAUAUAUGCUUGCAGUGGAUUUAUCUCAACAUGAGUAAAAUUUUGUUCUGAUGUUAAUACUAGGAUCUAAAAUACCCAAGUGACUAGGUCUUAAAGUGGCCGUAAGGUUUAUUUGAAUGUACGAAGAGUUUAAAAAAAAAAAAAAAAUUACGUAUGCGAUUAGACCAUUUUUCGGAGAGAGAAAGAUUUUUUAACAAAAGAAUUUUUUUAAGCGAAUAUUGUUAAAUUAAAGUUAUUAAAGGCAUGAAAAUCGCGUUGACGCGGUACUGUAAUAUUUAAAUUUAAAAAAAAAGAGCGGAUUUAUUUAUAAAAUUAUAAAUAUUAUUACUGAAAAUCCACUUUUUCAUUUCUCGAGGAUUGGUGACUACACGCAAUAAUUGCGCUUUCUGCAUCAUAAUUUUUUUUAUUUUCUUUUUUAAUAUAAAUAUGUUUUAAGGUUUUUUUUUUUUUUGUAUAAAAAAGUAGAUGUAAUAUUUUACGCAUGGAUUUUUAUUUAAACGAGAAAAAAAAUGAAUCGGAUUUUCUGGUGAUACAUAUAUGAUAUGUAAAUUAUUUUAAGGUAUUUUUAUUAUUAUUAUACUUAUUAUCUUUAUUAUCACUAUUUUUUUAUUAAUUAUAUAAUUAUUAUUAUCAUUAUAAAUAUUAUUAAUUUUAUUGUAAUUAAACGAUUGUUGUCAUUGUUAUUACCCACCGAUUAUUAUUUUUCUCGUAAGCGCGUGUAAAAAUUGUUGAUUUUUAUUUUUAUUAAAAUAAAACUGACGGAGAGGGAGAGAUAAAAAAAUGUUUUGAGAAAAUAUUUGGGUAUUACGUUGAUAAUAAAAAAAAAAACUAAAAUUAUAAUGAAAGCGGAAUUAUUGCAAAGAUAACCGAUCGCUCGGUGCGUUGUUUAAUUAUUGCAUAUUUUGGUUUUUGUUAUUUUAAUAAUUAAAAUAAAUAAUUAGGUAAAUAAAUAAAUAAAUAAACGUGUGUACAGCGAAUUGAGAGUAAAGAGAAUUUAAAAUAAUAAAAAAUAUAUAAAUUAUAUAACGUUAUGAUUGGAUGGGGAGUGAGGUUAAUUAUAAAGAUAAUAAUUUUUUAAAAUUAAUUAAUAAAUUAAUUAAUGAUAAAUAAUUAAACAGCGAAAAUAUAAAUUAGCCAAUAGAACCCGUAUUCUCUUUGUACAUAUUACCUGAAAUCCGUACACAAGUUAAGAAUAACUGAGACGAGUGCGACGUAUGCGAGUAGACGUAUGUGAGAUAUGUGCAAAAAAGACAGAAAAUGACAAAAGGUCACUUAAGAAAAAUCCAUUCCAAUUCCCCUGUAUAUUAUUAUUAUUAUUAUAUAUUAUUAAAUAUUAUUAUUAUUAAUUAUUAAUUAUUAUUAACGUAAAAUAAUAUUAAAGAUGACAAAAUAAAAUCUGCAGGCGAGUGGUAACACGUUUUGUUAGAAUGGCAGAAAAUUACUACUGAAUUUUAAUUAAUAAACGAGAUGAAAGUAUACAAUAA